CGUGUCCUUGGGAGGAGAGGGGAGGUGACUCCGGCGGAGGAGGACGAGCCAUGAGGGUCCUGCGGGUCUCCCAGGCGCUGGUUCGCUCCUUCAGCUCCACAGCCCGGAACCGCUUAGAGAACCGAGUGGCCGAGAAGCAGAAACUUUUCCAGGCAGACAAUGACCUCCCAGUGCAUUUGAAAGGAGGGGGAACUGACCAAAUCCUGUACCGACUGACAAUGGCACUGUGUCUGGGCGGCACCUGCUACUCCCUGUACUACCUCGCCUGGGCCGCCUUCCCCCACAAGAAGUAAGACUGAGCAGCGAGGAGGACUCGAGCGAUCUGGGCAGCAGCACAUCAAUAAAGACCCCCACUUCUUGGGGCCCCUAUCCCA